CCCCACUACUCCUCAAAGUUCCGUCCCAAUCUGAUGAAAACGAAGACCCUUAAAUCAUAUUAAUCCUACGACUUCUAAUUAGACAUAAAAACUUCUCAAAACUGAAAAAUUAAAGUCUUCCGUAUUCUCCUCCUUUGUGUUUAUCAAAAUCUUCCACCUUAACUUCUCUCAUUGGAUUCUUAUGAUUUUCCUUUUCUUAGAUUCAAAAAUUAAACUCAACCAAUUACAUCACAAAAAUCACUUCGAAUUUCUUCAGAACCCCACUUUUUUUGAAGAAAUUGGAAUGGAAAUCAAAAUCCAAUCUAACUUACAAAGUGAGAGCGAGAGUGGAUAAAUUUUCUCUUUAAUUGUAAGGUAUCUCUGUACAUCUCCAUCUACCUUGAAUGCAGAAAUGAUUUAGACAAAAAUUUUGAUGCAUGGCAAAGACGGUCAUAGAGAAGAUUUCAUUACCAAAAUACGAAGAGAAUCAUCAUCACAAGGUGAAGAAACCUUGACUGGAGGAGAUAUAGAGACGCGAAUCGUGAUUGGAUGCGUCUCGAGGAAUCUAGAGAGGAAUGCAGUUGAGCUAGGCGAUGUUAGGUUAAGUACACCACCAAAUGAUGAAAAUUUUGAGAGCCUCACCGAUGAAAUCAUGGAGAACAAUAUGGAGCUACGUAUUGGUGACGGACCUCUUGGAGAUAUUUUUCCCGUAGAUACGAUUGCGUUGCCAAUUUUUGAAUACUCGGACGACCACGUUUUCUUGGAACUUUCACUUUUCCUCCUUCAUUACCUUCUCUAUUUCCUUCUUUGCCUUUUCAUACCUUGCAUUAUGGUAUUCAACGCCGGAUGGAUCCCUAUGGUUUCAUGUAUCAUGCAAAUUGAUGAAUGCAUUUGUGGGAAACUACUGUUAUAUUGCUACCCAGCUGGAUAA